GCUCCUAUUUUGUAGAACUCGAAGGGGGGCGGGUCGCCUAUGACAGUCGAGUAGGAACUACAGCGGUAUCAGUGUGGCUAAGUUGCUGGAAGCAGAUCUCAAGACAUGUGUGGAAUCUUUGCCUACCUGAACUACCAUGUGCCCCGCACGCGGCGGGAGAUCCUGGAGAUCCUCCUGAAGGGGCUGAGGAGACUGGAGUACCGCGGCUACGACUCUGCAGGUGUUGGCAUCGAUGGUGGGAACGUUAAGGACUGGGAAACAAACGGCAGGUCUAUCCAGCUGAUCAAACAGAGGGGCAAAGUCAAGGCGCUGGAGGAUGAGAUCCACAAAACGCAGGACAUGGACCUGGACGUGGAGUUUGAUGUUCACCUCGGCAUUGCCCACACACGCUGGGCCACUCAUGGAGAACCCAGCCCAGUCAACAGUCACCCACACAGAUCAGACAAAAAGAACGAAUUCAUUGUCAUUCACAAUGGAAUUAUCACCAACUACAAGGACCUGAGAAAAUUUCUGGAGAGCAAAGGGUAUGAAUUUGAGUCGGAAACUGACACCGAGUCCAUCGCCAAGCUGAUGAAGUACAUGUACGACAACCGUGAGAAUGAUGACCUCAGCUUUGACACGCUGGUAGAGCGCGUCACUCAGCAACUGGAGGGAGCUUUUGCCCUGGUCUUCAAGAGUGUGCACUACCCUGGACAAGCUGUAGGCACCAGGAGAGGAGGGCCCCUGCUGAUCGGAGUGAGGUGUGACCACAAGCUCUCCACUGACCACAUUCCCAUCCUGUAUCGCUCAACUGGCAAGGACAAGAAGGCCUGUACCUCGCUGCCCAGGCUGGACCAAGACACCUGCCUGUUCCCCGUGGAGGAGAAAGCCGUGGAGUACUACUUCGCUUCUGACGCCAGUGCCGUGAUUGAGCACACCAACCGCGUCAUCUUCCUGGAGGAUGACGACGUGGCCGCCGUGUCGGACGGACGCCUGUCCAUCCACAGGAUCAAACGCACCGUCGGAGACCACCCAGCACGUGCCAUCCAGACCCUGCAGAUGGAGCUGCAGCAGAUCAUGAAGGGGAACUACAGCUCCUUCAUGCAGAAGGAGAUCUUUGAGCAGCCCGAGUCGGUGGUCAACACCAUGAGAGGAAGGGUGAACUUUGAUGAGAACACCGUAACACUGGGAGGACUGAAGGACCACAUCAAAGAGAUCCUGAGAUGUAGACGCCUCAUCCUUAUCGCCUGUGGGACGAGUUACCACGCUGGGGUGGCUACUCGCCAGGUGCUGGAGGAGCUGACUGAACUUCCCGUCAUGGUGGAAUUGGCCAGCGACUUCCUGGACAGAAACACGCCUGUUUUCAGAGAUGAUGUGUGCUUCUUCAUCAGCCAAUCAGGUGAAACCGCAGACAGCCUCAUGGCCCUCCGUUACUGUAAGGAGAGGGGGGCCUUGACUGUGGGCAUCACCAACACAGUGGGCAGCUCCAUCUCCAGAGAGACCGACUGUGGCGUCCACAUCAACGCCGGCCCAGAGAUCGGAGUGGCCAGCACCAAGGCGUACACCAGUCAGUUUGUGGCCCUCAUCCUGUUUGCACUAAUGAUGAGCUCUGAUAGGAUCUCCAUGCAGCCACGUAGGAGAGAGAUCAUCCAGGGCCUGAAAAUUAUGCCAGAUCUGAUCAAGGAGGUGCUGAGUCUGGACGAUGAGAUCCACCAUCUGGCCACGGAGCUCUACCAGCAGAAGAGUGUCCUCAUCAUGGGCAGGGGGUACCACUACGCCACCUGCCUGGAGGGAGCUCUGAAAAUCAAGGAGAUCACGUACAUGCACUCGGAGGGCAUCCUGGCGGGCGAGCUGAAGCAUGGCCCUCUGGCGCUGGUGGACAAGCUGAUGCCCGUCAUCAUGAUCAUCAUGAGAGACCACACCUACAACAAGUGUCAGAACGCCCUGCAGCAGGUGGUGGCCCGCCAGGGCCGGCCCAUUGUCGUCUGUGACAAGGACGACUACGAGACCAUCAAGAACUCGAGCCGCACCAUCAAUGUGCCGCACUGCGUGGACUGCCUGCAGGGCAUCCUCAGCGUCAUCCCCCUGCAGCUGCUGUCCUUCCACCUGGCCGUGCUCAGAGGAUACGACGUGGACUGCCCAAGGAACCUGGCCAAAUCUGUGACCGUGGAGUGAAGAUGCCCCAUCCCCCUCAGUCUUCUCCACAGUGUGACUGUUCACCCCUUACACACACACACACACACACACACACACACACACACACACACACACACACACGCACACACAGAGCUGUGCAGUUAUCUCACACUCAGCUGACAUUAAGAGUGAUGAAGAAACAAAGUCUUCGAGACAUAUAAGCAUUUUCUAGUCUGAAAGGUCUUUUUAAAUGUAGUUGUUGUUGCACAUGACCAUUUAUUUUUUUUGCUUGAUAGUUUGAUUGUUUUAAUGUCAGUGGUGGAAGGGUAUGGGUAUGCACUUGGUUGGCUUGUAGCUGCUCUUAUCCUGGGAAAACUGGACUUCUUCUUCAACCCAGAUGUCAACUCUUCCGGAACUCUCUCUGGAUGUCCAAAGUGAAUACUGGCUUUGGAGCGUUCACUAAAUACCGUCACUAAUGUCGUAGUCUGAGUUCAGCCCGAACUCUCGAUGACUUGGGUUUUUGGGUUUUAGUGUUUGAAUGUUACCAGGGGGAUAUUUUCACGACUGAAUAGAUGUCGUUGUUGACUAAAAGACAGAAGGGGGUAUUAUUCUGUGCUGCUAAGGGGCAAUAAUGUAAGAUUUAUGUGUCGUCUGAGUGUUGGUCUGUUACUAAUCCAUUGGGGAAUGUAGACAUAAAGGUGGGGAAGAUGUGUUCGCCUUGUGUGGCGGUUUUGAAAAGAAGACAUCAGGCAGCUAGAAGCUUAGUUUUUAUCCAAAAAGAAAUUGCCCACAGUCCUAGCGUGUGUGUGUGUCGCGUGAUGGGAUUUUCCCAUACAAGAAAGACAUUUUGACAUUUGUGUGUAAAGUUUUUGGGAGUGUGAGAUAAUGUUCAGCCAGUGACCUCGUAUAAUCAAAUCCUGCCUACAGUGUAUAAGCUGUAAUUCUUUUUUUUUUUUUUUUUUUUUUUUGCUAAGUAGUACAAAAUGGAAUCUUGUCAUUAUUGAAGGAUGUUGACUGGGGCAGUUUGGUUGAUGUAGACGCCCAAACGAGGCUGGGGGAUCUGUGUGGUGUAUACUUGUAUACAUGACGUGUGAACACUUUGACACUCAGCUGGAAUGAUGAGGGGGCCGCGGUCUUGUGUGCGCAAAUAUUGCGCCACGACUCUCGCAACAUGAAACUGGGUCACGGAAUCGAGGGAGAGAUUUUGGCUCGGCGCUGAAGGACAGGAAUCUGAGAGACGAGUCGGACGUUUGUGAUUAGCGGAUUAGACUUGUUGGUUCAGAGGAACCCAUUACUCACUCGCUGCCAUUAGUAGUGAGGACCUCUGGUGCCUAAUCUUUCUCUGUUACAGUACCAGAGGAGCCUGGUACAUGUUUGCAUACAUCACGUGUCCCUCUUGUGAAAACCAGGAGGUUUUCAUUCAUUAUUAGGGUCUGAAGUUAGUUUGAGGGGUUGGUGUUGACUGUUACUGCGUAGUUGUCUGCAUUUGGAUUGUUGGAUAGCUCUGCUGUAAUUUAUUCCGUGUUAAAAUCAUUAUUUGUAGAUUUGUUGCGUGCAUUUUUUCCGUCUAUGCCUUGGUACCGGUCCUUUGAGCGGGCUCUCACGUUUACAGGAGAGGUGCCAAACUGCAAGUGAAGAACCACAUCUAAUGAAGUAUGUUACUGACAUCGUAAGACCCGCACCAAGUUUACCCAUACCCUGCCACCGAUUUAUAUUUUGUUAUCGCGGGACCAUCGCUUUAUAUUCUGUUGACUCUUUUGAUCCUUGUCUCUACAUUUUACUACGAAAAUAUUUAGAAUUCUUUAUUUUUAAUAUUUUUUUUUUUAAAGUAGUUAUUUGUAUGCUCUGAACUGGUCUUUGUUAUCCCAAUGUGAAUGUUACUAUAAGGGCCCCUAACAGCCAUAUGCCAUGAAACUGAUUAGUAAGAAACAAACCAAAAAAAGAACCAUCUACAUCCCAGAAUGGUACUCAACCAAAGGUAUUGUAGGCAGGGUUGAUUUUGAAGGGGCUCAAAUUUGUAGAAAGAGACAGGUGGGGUCUAUAUUAGUGAACUAUAUUCAGUGCAAUGUGCAAAACGGAUUAUUUCAUGAUGGGCAGCAAUCCGUUAAGGUGUGUACCACACCGUGCGCAAGAUCCAUGCUUCCCAUCAAAACCCAUUCCAUUAUAUUUAUCUUUUUUUCUCCAUUUUGAACUCAACCUGUAAGUCGCUGUUCUUUGACAAGUCACUUAAAAAUGCAUUUUAUAUGUAGUCGAUCACAGAUGUAGUUGCACUGACUGAGUCAGUGUGAAUGAUACUUUGACUGUCAAGAGUCAGAACUGCAAUCGAGAUCGAGUAGAUAUUGAUUUACUGAAAGGUGUGUCAGAUGCGAUAGACUCUUGAAUAUGUCUUUUGAUUAUGUGAGCCAUUUACAGGAACAGCAACCAUGUUUUGAUCGGGGAUAACAACCUAUUUAUGAUUACAACUGAUGCAAUAAAAACUCUACUCGGA